CGUCAGACUUUGCGACAAGUCGUCAGAAGAAAUCGCCGGAGCGAGCAGACUGAUGGCUCCCGUCGCCCACCGUCGGCUGUAUUAGAAACUGUUUUAAUUUUACUGCAGAUUUAGUGGAGUGGUGCUAUGUCUUCGGGAAUGACUGGACAAACACCGUGCCUAUCCAGCCGAUGGGAUAAGCCAGCCCCAUCUAAACAGAGUGUAGAUGUAAAGCAGCAGAGGAGUAGUGAAAAUGCUGCCCAGUCUGUCUCAUUAUCAGGAAGCGUCAACACUGCUGGUUCAAACAGCACAGUCUCCCAGCCACCACAAACAGGAGAAAAGCCAGCACCUCAGGGAGGAGUUGAAAUGGCUGCGGCCAUGGCUGCUAAAAUAAAUGCCAUGUUAAUGGCAAAAGGAAAGCUAUUGACUCCUCCACCAUUACUCGCAAAGACCCCUCCAAGCGUGCCUCUUCCAGCCACUACAGAAGAAAUGGUAGUAACAGAGGUCGACAUAAACGAUGUACCGCUUAAUUGCAGGGACCUUCUUACUAAAGGCAAAACACAGGAGGAGAUCCGACAGUUUAGUGGAGCAGUCGUCUCAACGAAAGGUCAUUACAUGUCUGAUGCUGAAAAGGGAAAAGCAGGACAAAGACCUUUAUAUUUGCAUGUCCAGGGAAAGAACCAAGAGCAGGUCAAUAAGGCUGUGCAGAGGAUAAAGGAGAUCAUCUCCGAGGACGUGUUGAGGGCCUCAGCAGCAUCAGGAGGACAACAGGUGCCUGUAAUGCCACCGCUCACACUCUACCCUCAGCCUCCUCGCCCCGUUGUCACCCCACCUGUGCCACGGAUGCCCACCACCAACUCAGUGCCAGGACAUCGGCCGGCAGCUCCUCAUUCAGGGAGUUUUGUGCACACAAAGAUUUUUGUGGGUCUGGACCACGUGUUGCCCUCGUUCAACGUGAACGAAAAGGUUGAGGGUCCAGGAGGUUCGUACUUGAGUCACAUCCAGUCAGAGACAGGGGCUCGAGUCUUUCUCAGGGGAAAAGGUUCUGGCUACAUUGAACAAGCAUCAAAACGAGAGUCCUUUGAGCCUCUUUACGUCUACAUCAGCCACCCAAAUGCAGCUGGUUUGGAGUCAGCGAAGAAACUCACUGAGAGUCUGCUGGAAACUGUGAGAGCUGAAAGUACCCGUAUGAUGUCGAUGUACACAGCCACAGGCUCAACACAACCAUACCCAGCACAUGGAUUUCCACCUAAUAGCAAUUACUCUAGCCAGGGGUCCUGGUAUAACUACCCAGCAAAUGGGUAUGCUGGCGGCUAUCCAGCGUACUCAGGAGCCAGUGGUUAUUGGAGUAAUGCAAAUGGUCCCCCAAGUCAUUCUAACAUGUCGACAAACCCUCCAUCUUCUCAGGCAAUGGUUCAGUAUCCGGUGUGUCCUAGGAAACCGCAUCCCUAUCUCGUCCAGGAACCUGGUAGCAGUGAGACAGUGGAGCCUGAAGGAUCUUUAAACACCCCUGCUGACCCAGGAAGUCCCAAACGUCAUUUCCAGGAGGGGGCUAAAGAAGAAGAGCCCACCAGCAGAUCUCCAGAGCCUGCUGCUCAUGAAGAAGCUGUACCUCCUGCCUCCAGUGUUGGAGAAGAAAAAGUUGUAGAAAGGAUUCUGAUGCCUCCACCACCACCUGUCUUUGUGGCUCCUGCCCCUGUUGCACGCAAAAGGCUGAGAGACAUGGAGACAGAAGAUCCAGUCAGUGUGCCUGGCAGCGCCGCGUCGAUGGGUGUUGAAGAGGAGGUGUGCGAGAAGAAGUCUAAAGUGGACGAAGAUGCAUCAGGGCUAGUGCCCUACGGAGGAGACUCCUCCGAUGAAGAAGAGGAGAGGACACGCAGCAGUAAGACAGAUAACUCAUAACCCCUGCCCUGCCCCAUCCCCACUGUCCAGGACACCCUCAGACCCAAAGUCUGCAUUCACAAUAUUGACACGGUUCUCAAACUCCAUCAAAGGAAAAAUCCACCCUCGUAUUUUCAUACACUGUUUUAGGACCAUACCAGUGUUUUGCCAAGUGUUACUCCAUUUACUACAAAAGAUUUAUCUGCUAUUGCUGACCAUUUUCUGUGCAACCCCCCUUUCCAUUCAAGCAGUCAUGGUUUUCCAUUCAUCUCUGUCUACUUACACACUUGAAAUUUGUGGUUCCACUUUAUGUACUGACAUCCAUUUGAGGACUUAAAAGACAGCUGACACUGUCGAUUUGACAAUCUUAAUAUAGCAGUAAUGUAAAGAACAGAUGAUUUGUAGUAAACAGGCUGAACUUAUUUAAAAAAAAAAAAAAAAAAAAAAAAAAACCCUGGUAUGGUCUUUGAAUUAUCACCAGUUUCUGAUGUUUGUUGCUCCCCUGGACUCUUAAGGGUCCUGGCUUAGGUUUGUUUGUGCAUUUGUUUCAAUUUUUCUUCCAGAAUACCUACCUGUCACCCAUCACACAGUGGGUGUAAAUCUGUUGGGCUUAUUUUAAUUUAUGCCCACCUAUAUAGCAGCUGUAAAUAUAGAAAUAUAGACGGCCCGCCAACUACUUCAUUGUCAUUAAAUGUUUGUAGCCACAUAACUUAAAAUGGAGCACAUCUUGUGGCUUCAUGCUCAUUGGGGCAUUUUGAGGGUAUGAUUUCAGAACAUACAAGUCUUUCCUCCCUUGUGUUAUUGCUGUUUUCAUAGAAGCCUUUCUUUCUUUACUCUAAGGCUCUGUCUGCACGUAUAUGGAUCAUUUUUAAAAUGGAUAUUUUCCCCUCUCCAUUUAAAAAAAAAAAAAACUGUCCACACAAUCUCUGUUUUAUAAAAUAACUUUGCACACACUAGAAUGCAAAAACAACUCCAGACGUUCACUGCUGUUGGCUGUCUCACACAUUCUCCACUCGUUGCAAAGGUUUUAAAGACUACAGGCUCAUGUUACCUGUUUAAAAAAAAAAAUUUACUCCUUCUAUAAAGAGGUGAAGGAGCUCACUAAAAGAUUCGAGUGAUGCUCUGGACAUGCUAAAGUUUUCCUUCUAGUCCUCAUGAACAAUAAUCCCACUCAAAAUUAUCCCACCAUCUGCCAUUUCGCCUGGGCCUGAUCCAAAACCAGUGGUUCCCAACUGGUCCGGCCACGGGAUCCAGAUUUCUCCUUAGUCAUUAGUUCAAGGUCAGUGUCAUACUGGCGUUUGGCCAUGCUGCCGAGCUAGUUUGCUGUCUGUCAGGUAGCUGUCUGUUAAUCAUUUCCUCUACAGCAAGAAACAGCACUUCAAAGUAAAGCCUCUGUGCUGGAAAUUCACUGUACAUCAAAAUAAAGUGUGUUUUAUACAAACUUGAAACAUUCACGAGUCACUCGCGGUCCAUUCAGAAUGGACCUGUGACCCACUUUUGGACCGGGACUCACCAGUUGGGAACCACUGAUUCAAACCAUGGAUGCUGGACUAAACAUUUGGUGCAGCAGCACUAAGUUUUAAAUGUAAAAUUAUCAUGAGACAAAGCUCUGGUAACAAAGUGGUAGCCCACCGUUGUUGUUAUGGGUUCUGGCUCACGCUCAUUACACAAAGUAACAAAAGGCAUGUGCAAAUUGAGGAGAUGACCUCAUCAUUUCUUAAACAAAUUAAAAAAAAAAAAAAAACUCAGUUUGCGUGUGGACUAGAGGCCAAAACGUUGAGGGAAAA